UCAAUGAGAAGUGUGUUGUGUAUAUGUCGCUGAUAUGGUAAUGUAGUUCCAUACAGCAUGUCCAGUGGUUGCAUGACGGACUUCACCGCAGCAUUAGUGAGGACGUUCGUAGAAACGGAACGUGGUGGAAGCAAGCACCGAUUCAGUGUGGUCUCAUCGCCUUUGAAAGUAACUUGAUUUAUUUAAGAGGGUAACAAAGCUGAUCACAUUCAAGUUCCAUCCUUCAAUCGACAAGCUAGCUAGCUGAUUCUGCAAUGGAUGGUUUAACUAAAGCCAACGAACAUGUCAAGCGGCCUAUGAACGCCUUCAUGGUGUGGUCUCGGGGCCAGCGCCGUAAGAUGGCCCAGGACAACCCCAAGAUGCACAACUCCGAAAUCAGCAAGCGACUUGGCGGAGACUGGAAGUUACUUUCAGAGGAGGAGAAACGACCGUUUAUUGACGAGGCCAAGCGUCUGAGAGCCUUGCACAUGAAGGAGCACCCCGAUUACAAGUACCGGCCCAGACGAAAGCCGAAAAAUAUGAUGAAGAAAGACCGGUAUGCUUUCCCAAUCCCGUGUGUACCGACAACAAGUUCCUACGGACCUGUUACUACAUCCGUUAACGAUCACAUCACGGCGGAGAAGAUGCGGUCAUACCUACCGUCCAGUCUGUCAACCCAUCCCUAUCAGAUCCUCGACCACCAUAACGGCGUCAAGCUGGAUUCGUCCCCGUCUUUACGGGCGGCUGAGAUGGCCGCUGCGGCCGGUGCAUUGUACCCGUCACAUCUAUCGCCGUACAUGUACCCACCUUCUCUACCGGGCAGUGCGUUCGGGAAGCUCCCUCCAGGUGCUUCUAGCCCAAUCCCGCCACACGCUCACGGUGUACACAGUCAAUCGCAGUACAUGAUGCCGUACGGAUGGCCCGGUAGUCCCGAUAUUCAGCGUCCAGUCGCUUACAUUCUCGUCAAACCGGAUAUGGAACCUUAUGGUCCCGCUCACCCUGCAAUCCGACCCACCGUGCCCGUACCCACCAGACACACUGCUGCAAUAUAGGUCGCGGUUCAGUUCAACCUGUACAGCUAAUAACUUUUCGACGAUUACUGAACGUGGACAGUAGUAAUAAUCGACGAACUGGCAUCAUGUGCUAGUGAUGAAACACUGAACUAAAAUAUCUUAAAUUAAAACCUGUCAAAAAGUUAUUAUCUUGAACUUAUUUCUUGCAUUCUGUGAACAAAGUUUGACAAAGUGGAGACUUAAAGAUGUUUGUAAAUAAUGAUCCAUCAACUUUAGUCUCCCAAUUGUACAAUGUGGUCUUGUAGUAUUAUGUUUGCGACUCUUCAGAAGAUGUAUUUAACACACAUUUUAACCAAAGAGCUCAUGAUGGCUUUUUGAAACUGUUGCAACUACCAUAUCUUUUUGUGUUAAGUCAAUUUUUUGUUAAUAACUUACCACAAAGUGGAAAAAUACUAAACUGUUUUAAGUACUAGUCUUGACGAUAUUGCCUAUAAGAAGCAAUGAUUCUGUACAUUAUGUAAAGCCUUAGCAAUCGGGGGAACUUGUAUGCAGUAUAUUUCUGAUUUAAUGUUAUCAGAUUUUGUUGUGUUCUGCAUUUCUGAUUUAAUGUUAUCUGAUUUCUGCAGAUUUUCAUUAAAAAUCAACUCUGAAAUUUCAACACUGAAAUAUAUUGCAUACAUCAGAGUUCAAGAAAAUGUUGACAUUGUACAAUUUCAAAACCAGUCAACAUCAAAAAAAGAUCUAUUUAGAAGAUUGGUACAUUAUUAGACAUAUUGUAUAGACAAUAGAAACCCAGUAUAUGAGUGAUGGGAAAAUUUAUUUCUGUUCGAGAUUUUUUUUUUAUUCCUGACAACAAAUUUCAGACAGCCAUAUUGAAGAAAUAAUGACUUUCUAUAUGUGGCCAUAAUUUAACAAAUUAAGAAAAUCUAAAAAGCGAGAUUAAACUUUAUUAGCCUCCACUGAUUGAAAAGCAGAGUACUCUUAGCAAGUAAAAGAUGCACGCAUUUCAAAAACCAAAUCACAAUGCUAUUCUACUGAGACUUUGCCUGAGUACAUAGUAGAAAUAAUGGCCUAGUCGAAGCCACCAACGUGCAAGUAUGUACUGUCUUUGAUCUGUACUUUUUGUAAUAUAAAGUGAUUUAAUGCAGUCAGAAUGUUGUUUUCUAUUAUCAAUCAUAUUUUUAGAUUGUUGACUGUUUUUAUUUAAAGUUAUGAACAAUUGUGUUCCUGGUUUAUUCAUUGUUAAAUGGUUGUUAUGACAUGCAUGCAUUGAGAAAACUUAAGUGAACAUCAUAAGCAAGUACAUGUAUAUGCAGUCAUAUUGUUCAACUUAUUUUGUAACAAAAGACCAUCUAUAAUUUAGGUCUGAUGUGGUUAAUUGGUUAAGAUUAUGACACCUUCAAAUUAUUUGAAGCAAAACGUCCCUUUUGAAAACCUCUUUCAGCUGUUGCCAUUUUAAUCCAAACUUCACUGCUAUAUAGCUAAGUUGUGUUUUGCUAAGAUAUAGAACAUAGAAGUGUUUUAUCUUCACAAUCUUAUACUUGUAUCUUUCCAUAGAUUUGAAACCUAUUCACUUGCUGCCAUACCUGGUUGUCAGAAAUCAAUUCGGAUGAAUUGAUUCCUAAUUGCUUUAGUUAGAUUUUGUUUUGAUGUGACAAACCUUGGUUAUCAACCGAGGUGACAAAAAUCAGCACUAACAUUAAAAGUAAUUGUUAUCAAUAUUAAUAAACAUUGUACACUCAGUACUACACUGAUAAUAAAAUUCGGAUUGAACUCUAGAGAUAUUGCUUUCUGAAAUUAUCAGGGUUUUUUUUUUUUUUAAUAAAUUAAACCUCUUUCAUCAUAAUUUUUUGUAGAGCUGUCUUCGUGUUGGUAACAUAACAUGACUCUUCACAGGGGUCAAAGCUGCAUUUGUUUUUAGAAAGAUAAUGAAAAGGAAUUGGGAAAAUCAUUGAGAAAAAAUGUGUGGUAUGAUGUUGUUGUUUGUAUUUAAUGAUUCUUUUGUUAUUGUUUGAUGAGGUUUGUUGUGAAGCUGCAGUUUCAUGUAGCUAACGUAUCCAGAGAAAAAGAGAAGAUAAAAUUCAGUUGCUGUUUCAAGAUUCAAAUUUGUAGUUGCUUAAAAUUUCAGUCAUCACUUGAAAAUGGGUAGAGGACGGUGGUUCAUUUCCGUACCGAAUGAGGUCAUUUGUAUAAAAUGUAUCACAUGUUACUUUCGGAAAAAUUUCGUUGGGUGAAAUGAAAUGUGUGAUUUUUGUUCAUAUACUUUCUGUUCCUGGCUCCUAUGCCUUAUGUUACUACAUGGAACGAAGCUUCUUUAUCGCUUGAUUGACAAUACAAAUGUAUUUGGA